AAACUGAAGCAGUAUUUUUGUUUUCAGUGUAUUUUUUCACAUGUAAAAUUCAAAUAGGGCUUUCUGCAGGAAUAAGUGACAUAAUUAUUGGCCAAAUUGAAGCCAUCUGAAUGGUGAGGCCGGUGCAUCUGUUGUGCCGUCAGAGAGAAUGGAAGCAAUAAUAGGAUCGACAACAGGGCGCCUGCACACCAAGGUGAAUCAUGUUGAUGCUGAGAAAAAACCUGUUGGGCAGAUUUUGAUAAUGAGGUGAAUCACAGCAGACUGUGGAUUGCGUUUCAAGGAAAUGUUUCUUAACAGAACCGGGGCUAUUAUUGUGCAAUCAUUAUGAUGUUCUGUCUGUUGAUACUUCACUUGAUCAUUGAAUAUAACUAAUAGCAGUCUGUUUACAUGGUUUUUACUUGUUGGAUGUCAGAAGUUUCAGAUGCUGUAGAUGAUGCUUCUUUGUGUUUUCGUGUUUACUAUUUAUAGAUCUGUGGUCAGUGGAGAAAGGUGACUGCUAUUUAUAAUUGGAGAAUACACAUUUAGCUGCAAUCGCUCCUUUAAUGUUUAAUAUUUGCUUUAACUGAGUUUUAGACAUGUUUAUCUUUUAGAGGAAGAAGAAAAGCUCAACAUUCUUUUUUAUGUGUCUUUAAGGUGUUUUGUGUGAUAUAAUGGUUACAAUGUCGUUAUUUUCAGUUGUGAUGUGUCUUGAAAGUUCCGAAGAAGCCCCAAGAUAUGUAUCUUACAGUGUUCAGCUGUGCAUUAGUUUGUUUCAUAGUAAUUGUUUUUAUGGGUUGAUUUAAAAUCAGGUAAACCUCUGCAGGGCAUUAUUAAAAAGACAUGUUUUUGCUAAAUGUACAAAGUGUUGGUGGAAGCAGAAUUCAUAAGCCAUUUUUCAGUAUUAUACCAAACCAAACAAAGGGAAAUCAGUGGUUGAUUAGACACAUUUUGUUAACCUAUGACUGGCGUUAACUUAAUUUCCUGUCUUAAAUAUUCAUAUUAGUAUAAACUUCUGAAACAUAUGUUUUUAGCAUAGUACAUUGCUAUAGAAGUUAAGAUUUGAAUAUUAAUUUAAUCUCACAUUUAAUCUGACGCAUCAACAUGAACAUGGUAAAUUUUAUAAUACUUCUGUUCUCAAAUCAGUGUCGUAAAAUCUAGUCAGAAUUAUAAUUGUCUAAACAGACAGUCUGUGGGCACAUUUGACCUUUGUUGUCUAGAAUAAGUCCACUGUGGUAGGUUGAAGGGAAACGCAUUAACUGGUAGGUAAGGUAGUUUAUAACAAACUUGCAGUUGUACAACUGAAAAUGUGAUUUCUACAUCAACUAAUGUAGCUGACAAAUGGAGGUCACUAAGAUUAUUUUGAUCUUGUUGAUGUUGGGCCUCUGAGCCAAGCAGUUGUGUUUGGUGAUAUAAAGCUCUGAUUCAACUGGAUAAAAUCAAGAAUCUUUCAUCUUUCAUUUGGUUUUCAAGGACAGUUUAGCUUGGUAGGUUACUAAACUUGAGCAGUGAUGAUGUUUGCACCGAGGACAUAAUGUUAUUUACACACUAUAGUGUGUCUUAUAUUCAUUACACACUGCAUUGUGUCUUUUUUUGGGAACUGUCUGCCUUUAUUAGAUAGAAUGCAGUAGAUAGCUGACAGGAAACGACGGGUCAGUGUGUGAAACUAUUCAGUCACCAUGUUCCACUCACUGUAAUGCACUGUACCUCUAAAGAACACAUUGUUCUAAAUAACAAUUUUAACCUUAUAAUUGUUGCGUAUGAGAACUCCUCAGCUGUAUGCUCUGUAUGACUUCCAUAUCUUUGACAAUGUCUUUUUUCUGUAUCAGUGUGGCAGAGGAAGAGGGGAAGACUGACAUUUCAACAGAGGGAAUGGAGAUCUCAACACGAUCCAAAGUUUCAGACACAGAGCGGAUGGCUCAAAAACGAAAGAUGCCAAGCCCCUCUCACUCAUCCAAUGGUCACUCCUCUGCUGAAACCUCCCCUUGUCCAAUGAAAAAGAAGAAGAAACCGGGGGCUGUUAGCAGCAGCAAAGACCAGUCAGAACUAAGACAUGGUCCCUUUUACUAUGUGAAGCAGCCAUCACUGACAGACCCUGUUGAUGUUGUACCGCAGGACGGCAGGAAUGACUUCUACUGCUGGCUGUGCCACCGCGAGGGCCAGGUGCUCUGCUGUGAGCUCUGCCCCAGGGUGUACCAUGCCAAGUGCCUCAAACUACCAGCCGAGCCCGACGGCGACUGGUUCUGUCCGGAGUGUGAGAAAAUAACAGUUGCCGAGUGUAUAGAGACUCAGAGCAAAGCCAUGAUGAUGCUAAAUAUAGAACAGCUGUCUUACCUACUAAAGUUUGCCCUUCAGAAGAUGAAACAACCAGGUACUGAGCCCUUCCAGAAACCUGUGUCUCUUGAACAACAUCCAGAUUAUGCAGAGUACAUUUUUCACCCAAUGGAUCUUUGCACACUUGAGAAGAAUAUCAAAAAGAAAAUGUAUGGCUGCACAGAGGCCUUCUUGGCAGAUGCGAAGUGGAUUUUGCACAACUGUAUUAUAUAUAAUGGAGGCAAUCACAAACUCACAGCUACAGCUAAAGUUAUAGUAAAAAUCUGUGAACAUGAGAUGAACGAGAUUGAAGUUUGUCCUGAGUGUUAUCUGUCUGCUUGCCAAAAGAGAGACAACUGGUUCUGUGAGCCAUGUAGUAACCCGCACCCUCUGGUGUGGGCCAAACUGAAAGGAUUCCCCUUCUGGCCUGCUAAAGCUCUGCGGGACAAAGAUGGACAGGUGGAUGCUCGCUUCUUUGGUCAGCAUGACAGGGCUUGGGUCCCUUUAAACAAUUGCUACCUCAUGUCCAAAGAGAUUCCAUUCUCUGUGAAGAAGACCAAAAGCAUCUUCAACAGUGCCAUGCAAGAGAUGGAGGUCUAUGUGGAGAACAUGAGGAAGAAGUUUGGGGUCUUUAACUAUGCCCCCUUCAGGACACCCUACACUCCAGACAACAACUUCCAGAUGCUGCAGGAUCCCUCCAACCCCUUAUCCACUCCCAUCAAAUCUGAGAAACAGGAAAAGAUCAAGCUGAGCUUUGAUAUGACGGCAUCACCCAAGAUCCCCCUGGCCAGGACCAUGUUGUCUGGGGCUGGGGUGGGAGGGACAACGGUAGGGCGGCGGCUCCCCCUCAGUGAUAUGCCUCGCUCCCCCAUGAGCACCAACUCCUCAGCCCAUACAGGUUCAGAUGGGGAACAGGAGGCAGCAGACAAGUCCCAGACGAAAGCUUCAAACAGCCAGUACAGUAUGGCAGAAGAGUCCAUAGACUGUGCAGCAUCACCUGCCCAUCCUCGACCUGGUCCUGCUGGCAGUUCCUUGGACAGCCCUAAACCAUUCCACUCCCAGGCUGCUGGCGUCCCCAAGCAGGAGAAGACACCUCCGACAGGAAGCAUUCUGAACCUCAAUCUAGAUCGGAGUAAAGCAGAAAUGGACCUAAAGGAGCUUAGUGAAACGGUGCAGCAGAAGCAGGGAGCCACACCAGUCCUCACCUCUCCAAAGAGACAGAUCAAGAGCCGUUUCCAGCUAAACCUGGAUAAAACCAUUGAGAGUUGCAAGGCACAGCUGGGUAUCGACGAGAUCUCUGUUGAUGUGUACAAAGGUGUGGAACACAGUGACUCAGAAGACUCUGAUAAAUCUGACUCUAGUGACAGUGAGUAUGCCAGUGAUGAGGAGCAAAAGACCAAGGAUGGCCAUGACACAGCACCCAAUGAGGAAGCCCACAAGGAGCCUUCCAAAAGUCGAGUCAAAGACCAACCAUCUCCAAGCCAAGACAAAGAGGGCAAACCUGAUGCACCUGUGGCAUCUGAGUCCACAGCAGGAGAUGCCAGCACAACAACAUCAGACACUCCAGUUAAAGAGAAAGUAAGCACAGAUUUGGAAAAAGAGAGUCCAGAGAAGACCAAAGCACCUCCAGCAUCACCUGUCCCCCGAGAAAAGGCUCAUAUGAAAGGUGAGGCAAAGCAGCCUGUGCCAGUGGAGGACUCUGACUCAGAGAGGGAGCUGGUUAUUGACCUGGGAGAGGAUCAGGGAGGCAAGGACAGAAAGAGAAGCAGAAAAGACAAUGCCAUAGUCAAAGAGUCAUCUGCUGGUAAACCUGAAAGUAAAGCCCUGACGCCUUCGACGCUACCAUCUCAAAACAGCACCGCCCCCUCCACACCCUCCAGUGUUUCCUCACAGUCCCCUAUGGCCAUUCCUGUCACCAUGGUCUCCUUCACUACACCCUCCCCUGCAACCAUCAGCCUCGCAACUGUGUCCAGCGCCACCGCAACACCACCCUCUUCCUCCUCAGCUUCCACCACACCAGCUUUGAAGAAACAGCGCCCUCUGCUGCCCCGAGAGACGGUACCAGUGGUGCAGAGAGCUGUGGUAUGGAAUCCCAGCGCCAAGUUUCAGACCUCCUCUCAGAAGUGGCACAUGCAGAAAGUACAGCGUCAACAGCAGAACCAGCAACCUGCGGCGACCACGCAAAUGCAGGCUUCAUCGCCCAGGCAAGGUCAGGCACAGGUGCUGGCCCAGACACAGGCAACCGGAAACAGCUCAACAUCAGUAUCCUCAUCUUCAGCACAGCAGUCUUCACAAAGCACACGCUAUCAAACCAGACAGGCUGUUAAAGCUGUUCAACAAAAAGACACUCCACUCAGCACAUCCACAUCAGCUGUCACCCUGGUGUCCAGUAGUCCAGCUUCUGUUGCCAUAGCAGCAUCAAGUUUAGGCACAGCUGCUUCUUCUUCUUCUCCGGUGGCGACAGACCUGUAUAUCCCCACUGCCUCAGCAGAUGUUGCUGCAGACAUUGCCAAGUACACCAACAAAAUAAUGGAUGCAAUCAAAGGUACAAUGACCGAAAUCUACAAUGACCUUUCUAAAAGUACUUCAGGCAAUACAAUAGCAGAGAUAAGACGACUGAGAAUUGAAAUAGAAAAAUUACAGUGGUUGCAUCAACAAGAAUUGUCAGAAAUGAAGCACAAUCUUGAGCUGACAAUGGCAGAGAUGAGGCAAAGCCUGGAGCAGGAAAGAGAGAGGUUGGUGACGGAGGUGAAGAAACAGAUGGAGCUGGAGAAACAGCAAGCAGUGGAUGAAACAAAGAAGAAACAGUGGUGUGCCAACUGCAGAAAAGAGGCCAUCUUCUACUGCUGCUGGAACACUAGCUACUGUGAUUAUCCGUGUCAACAAGCCCACUGGCCAGAACACAUGAAGUCCUGCACUCAGUCAGCCACAGCCCCACAGCAAGAACCUGAGGUUGAAUCGGCAACAGAUCCCCCAAACAAAACAUUAGGGCAGUCUAGCAGUGGCCCAAACACACUCAGAGACACGCCAGUCUCUGCACCAUUAGACAAAGACUGUGACAUGGAGAAGAGCACUGAUAACGUUGCUGUCACUCUGUCAUAACUGUGCUUACCAGACUUGAAAAUGUAAAUGUAUAGAUUGUUUUUUCACUACAUGGAUAAUAUGUCUAUAUCAGUUGUUCUGUUCCAGUGGCUGUUCAGGGAGCAAUCCAAAUUAUUUAUAUAUUUUUGUUUGCCUUUCAGGGCUCACUAAUGCCCCCUGUGGACAGUGAUCUUUAAAACAUUUUAAAUGUGGAAGCAAGACUGACAGUGGAUAGUUAGUAACCACUAGAGGGGGCAGUUUAAAAUGUAUAAUGCAUAUAUGUGCACUCCUUUGCAGUCUAUAGAGAGCUGUCAGUAUAAAGUUCAUAAGAGCAUGCCCGACUGUCAAAAAAACGUACACAGUAAAAGGACAACAGUAAAACAGUUCAAGACUGCAAAAAUGUAACCUCUUUUAAUGGACCACCUCACUUUUAGAUUAGAGGACUGUUGACAGAAAUGUCUGUAAAUUACUUAUUUUGUAUUCUAUGUUAAUUUAUUUGUUAUUUUAAUGUUGCCUGCUGUAUACCACAAAGAAAAUAACAAAUACAAACAUUUU